AUGACUUUAUCACAAAUUUCACAACUACCAGAGCUGAAGUACAAGUACCAGGCGCAUGGGCAAGCAAUACAGGUUCCAUCUGCAGACGUGACAGCAUACACCUCCAUAUUUCUUCCCACCACAGACACCAACAAAGCGUUAACAGCAUUCUCCUCAAACGCAAAGAAAGGCUCUCCUCGCGAAACAGUUGCUAAAUACCUGCAAUCGCGGCGGAUAUGCGAGUACAAUAUUCCAAAGUCGAAGAAUCAUGUCAAUCCGUACCUCGAUCUAUGGGCGGUGUCGUGCCAGCUCACUUCCUUCCUAGGUCCCCUCUUAUACCAGUCCUAUGCGCGUCCUGCAAAUGCGAAGAGAACCCACCCUAUACUUCCCAUUUUAUACCACCACGUCGGAUGUAUGGCGCCGAUCUAUGAAGCUCUAUACACCGGACCAAGGCGAUUGCUACAGGAGGAAUUCUCAUAA